CAGGACACUAGGAAGUACUGCAAGACUGUUAGAGAUCAGGAUUUUGUACAGCACACUGGACAGUCUGGUUUAUAUACUUGAUGAAUGAAGAAAAAGCUAUAAGAUUGACAUAAGCAUUGUAUAUUAUGGAGACCUGUUUUUCGUGACGGAUAUUUCAGUCCAGCGCUUAGCUGCACUAGUUCUCAGCCUUAAGGUGUCAAAAUAAGACACGACUCAACUGUUUAUUUAACGUCAUAUAUUCGCGGGAAUUUUGUGCCCGUACCUUAUCUUUAAGGAUGGAUCUUUGACAGUUUUUUUGGGUGGUCAGAAGUUUAUGUUUGUUUUCAAACUCGUGUUCUCGAACUGCAACUUCACUUCUUCCGGGAUCUCCUCAUUAAUCUUCAGAGAGGACCGGUCCUGGUCUCAUUGUGAGAGACUGUGAAAAUGGCAUCAGCCAAUCUGAAGUAUCUCUCUCUGGGGGUCCUGGUCUUCCAGACCACCUCUCUGGUGCUGACCAUGCGUUACUCACGGACCCUACAGGGCGAUGGGCCGCGGUACCUGGCCUCCUCUGCUGUGGUGGUGGCAGAGCUCCUCAAGAUCCUCACCUGUGUGGGACUGGUCUUCAAAGAGCACAGUUUCAGCGGCCGAGCGCUGAGCAGCGUACUAAGACAGGAGAUUCUCCACAAGCCUAUAGAAACAUUGAAGCUGGCGAUUCCUUCAGGCAUCUACACACUGCAGAAUAACCUGCUUUAUGCAGCACUGUCUAACCUUGAUGCUGCUACGUACCAGGUGACAUAUCAGUUGAAGAUCCUCACCACAGCCCUGUUCUCAGUGUCCAUGCUGGGUCGCCGACUGGGGGUUUACCAGUGGCUGUCUCUGCUAAUUCUUAUGGCUGGGGUUGCAUUUGUACAGUGGCCUACUGACUCACCAUCGGAUCCUCAGAAAGAGCAGCUGACUGCGGGCUCACAGUUCGUGGGACUGGUGGCUGUACUGGUGGCCUGUUGCUCCAGUGGCUUUGCUGGAGUUUAUUUUGAGAAGAUCCUCAAGGAGACCAAACAAAGUGUCUGGGUUCGGAACAUCCAGCUAGGCAUGUUUGGGCUUGUGUUCGGGUUGUUCGGGAUGUUUGCCUACGAUGGUGCCAGAGUCCAAGAACACGGAAUGUUCCAGGGCUACAAUAUGCUCACCUGGAUUGUUGUUGCGCUGCAGGCUCUUGGAGGGCUAGUGAUAGCUGCUGUUAUCAAAUAUGCUGACAACAUACUGAAAGGCUUUGCUACAUCACUCUCCAUCAUUCUUUCCACAUUCAUUUCAUAUUUCUUGCUCGAGGACUUCGAACCAACCAGUGUGUUUUUCAUGGGCGCGGCAUUGGUGAUAGCGGCAACGUUUCUCUAUGGUUACGAGGGCAAGCCGGUGGCCAACCCAAGCAGAGCGUGAAAGAGAAAGUGGACGAGAGAUGAGGUGAAAGUGGAGCAGAACAAAAGGAUAAAAUGAGUGGAAGGACGCAGAAGAGGAGGCGUGGAGAGGAGAAAAACAGAUUGAUACAAGGUUGGAUUAACAGGCUGGGCCACUGCUGUGCAGUGCUGAGCUGAGACACUCUGAGAGCCCGAUAACACUGUCGAGUUUAGCGUGAAAUGUAUUCAUCUACGCUAAUAACGUCAGUGUGUGGAAUAAAACCGCUUCGUAAUGUGCCAUUUUUUGUCAGAUGUUUUUGAGGAAUUAAGACUCUAUUAGACAAUCAUGACUUUCCAGGAACUGUAGCGCACGACUUUGCCAGUUUCCGUUCGUGAUCAGUGGUUUUAUAUACAUUCAUCCAUAAGGGGUGAUGGCUGCUUUUGGAUCGCUGCAGUGGCCUGCAGUAAUUUGCCACAAAUUAAACUUGAAUCUCACCAAAACUUGUGAAUUUCAGGUUUCUGAUGGGGUCAUUUCUUCACUGUAUUUUUCAUUUACCAAAUCAAAUCAAACCGCUUCAGUCCCGAAGAAAAAUUUGAAUGUUAUUUUAAUUAACUGGGUUGCUGGGUUAGGUUUGUGCAGGGAUAUCCACAUUUUGUGGAUAUGAUAUAAACUUUUCAUAUGUUUGUAAUUAUUAAUGAUGAUGAUAAUGAUGCUAGGAAGUCAGUUUGUGGACCGUCUCCACUGCCGUGAUUACACUUUAUUUAACAAAUUACCUCUGUCACCAGGCAAUAAAUAAUACUUGAUUUAACCGGUAUAUAUGCAAGGAAUUGCUUUUUUAGGCUAUUUUGCACUAUGUAUGACUCUGUAUUAGUUGCUGGUGAUGAGUAAUAUUAAAUCAGGUGUUGUGUUAAAAAAUAUUUUUUUUCUCAAACAAUACACACAUUUUCACCAGGGCAGCACAAAACUUUAAAGAAAAAAGUUUGGCAUUUUCCAGAUGUAAAUACUGUAAAAACAAUGCAUGCAAGCACAGCAAAAUGAUUGUUCUGUACCUACAUCAAGUUGGUCUGGCAUUUAUUCAGUCAGUUCUUCCAGUCCUUUAGUUUAUGCUGUUAUGCUGUUUUUGAAGUCGGUACAUCCCAUAUGGCAUCAUAAUUUCAGCUUGUACAAAUGCAGUGACUUUAAUGCUCAAGUCAGCUGACAGUUUUAUAUUUUGUAUAAUCAAGAAGUCACUUCAGCUUAAUUUGUGUCGGUGUUGGGUACUGGAGAGGCAGAAGAGGAGAGGUCCUUUGAAGAAAAACAGGUGAGUGUUUUUUGUGCUUUUGAAUGUGGAUAAAGGCCUAUGUGUAUGAUAUGAGGAGGAAGGUCUGGUCGGUUUGUCGUGGGAGUUAAUAAAAGUGGAAAUCUUACUUUUGCCCUCUUGUUCCUUCGUUUCCAGGUGUGCACAACAGUGAUUUUGUAGCUCCAGACAUUUCGUCCAAAGCUUCAAGUUUUGGAGUUAUGUAUAGACCUUCAGGUCUCAGGAGUCUUUAGGGUUCCAGGUUGCAAACGCUGCAGCGGUAUGCAAAUCCAAGUUGUAAUUGGUGGACCUUAGGUCUCCUUAUGCAAAGGUAGGAUUUUUUAAUCGUCAACUUUGAGUCAAACUGGAAUCACAAGGCAAAACUGAAUUCAGCCCAGUUUCAGUAUAAUUUCAAAAAUUGCGCAUUCUAAAUUUUGCACAAUUUCCUUUUUUUGAUAGCGUGUAUCUUAAAUUAGCAUGUGUAGCUUGCCGCUUUCUGAGACUCAGUGGCUCCUGUGUAGUCCAAAUGUUCCUCUCGUAGGGAACAGGAGCCUUUUGUUUCACACGAGGAGGUUUUUCUGGCGUUCUCAGUUAAAACCUCACGGAGUCUAAGCUCAUAUCAGUUUAAAGACACUGAAUUAUUGAAGCUGAAUAACCUACAGACCCCCCAGCAUUUCACAUUUCAGAUGUCUCACUACACUUUUUAAAAAUAAAGGUGCUAAACAAUGCCAUAGAAGGAGAAUUUUCAUUUUUGGGUGAAGUAUCCCUUUAAGUGUAGUUGACUGCAAUCGAAACAUUUGGUUUACAUUGUAUUAAAAUGCGUUUUGCAGUAUUUAUCGUUCAAUUGAAUAAAAUCUUUAAAAAUGGCAGGACAGUAAGCACUUUGCUAUCCUGAUUGUAUUGGGUUGAAUGAAUAAAAAAAAUCUUUAACCAUGCUGUUUAAUCCUGAUCAUUGUAGAUGUUGCCCGAGUUUUUGAUUUUGGGGGCUGUAGAAAUUGAUUGAGAAACUCUGAUCUAUGAUAUCCUAAUAUCAACAGCCUUUGGGUUUAUCAGACUGGUUUUUCUCUUUAGUUCUUUAAAGAGUCCAAAGAGGUUUUAAGGCAUAUGAACAUUUCAGAAAACAAGUAUCUAUUUAAAGGCAUCAGUGUGGAUUAAGGCAAAUUUACUUGUGAAUUGUCAUUGAUUUACAGAUGUCUAC